ACCAAAAAAAUAGGUACAUACGUACCGUAAUCUAAUCUCCGAUCUACUCUUUACGGCACUACGGCACUACGUAACUCCGGCUUAUGGAUUUUUCUUCUAAAGAAUGACGGAUGACGACGGCAUUAAGAAGGACCUACCAUUGAACUGGGCAGUUACUCCGCAGCACAAGAUUUAUCAUUAGGUAAAUCACUGCAUAUUUAAGCCCAUGCAGAAUGACUUGCGGCGACGACAUUCAUCAUUCUUUCCUUAACACGAUCUAAAACAUAUGGAAACCCGGAGCAACCGCAUGCAAAAUGGCUUAGACGAACCUCGGCUUAGUACCCGCUUUCAGGGGUUGAUGCACUCCAUCAAGUUCUAAAAGAGGCAGUAUUCCCAGAUGGGAUUAGUUCGCCGUCGACUAGGCACUCAAGAUGCCUCGGUUCCCCAGCUUUCGACUGGGUCACACGCUGGUUCAAUAGCCGUACGACCCCAAUUUCCACCAUCUCCAGACUAUUUUGCCGAUAAUCAAAGACCAUCCUCUUAGUAUUUCUAUCUCGAAUUGAUCUAUCUUCUAAUAUUUAAUCAACUCUGAUUAUUUUAUAUUAUAGUUGUAGAACCAAGUUGUAGAUCCGACUUCGCUCUGUUACCUCGAAUUGUUUUGUAAUUUCAGCUUACGUCUGACAGUCAAGAUGGCCUCACCACAGAAGAUCCGAACGCCCAUAACCGAUCUAUUCAAGAUCAACCACCCUAUCCUACUGGCUGGUAUGAACGUAGCUGCUGGUCCCAAGUUGGCAGCAGCUGUUACAAAUGCCGGAGGUCUCGGUGUCGUUGGAGGCAUGUCAUACACCCCAGCCAUGUUGAAGGAACAGAUCGACGAACUCAAGUCGUACUUGAAUGACAAGAAUGCGCCGUUCGGAAUUGACCUGUUACUCCCACAGGUUGGCGGUAACGCCAGGAAAACAAAUUACGAUUACACGAAAGGCAAGCUUAACGAGCUGGUCGACGUCGUCAUCGAAUCGGGUGCCAAACUCUUCGUUUCCGCUGUCGGUGUGCCACCCAAGGCCGUCGUCGACAAAUUACACAAGCACGGCAUUUACUACAUGAACAUGGUCGGACACCCCAAGCAUGUCCAGAAGGCGUUAGACAUCGGUUGCGAUAUCAUCUGCGCGCAGGGUGGCGAGGGUGGCGGUCACACCGGAAACGUUCCAACCACAGUCCUCAUCCCGGCUUGCGUCCAGAUCUGCAAGGGGAAGAUAAGUCCGGUUUCAGGCAAGCAAGUUCAAGUUAUCGCUGCUGGUGGCAUUCACAACGGACAGCUGCUAGCUGCUUCGUUGAUGAUGGGCGCGAGCGCUGUGUGGGUUGGUACCCGAUUCAUCCUAACGGACGAAGCCGGAGCGCCAGAAUCGCACAAGGAGGCUGUUCAGACCGCCAGCUUUGACGACACGAUUAAGACUCUCAUCUUCACCGGACGACCGCUGCGAGUGCGAAAGAACCCGUACAUCGAAACCUGGGAGAACGAGCGCCAGGGCGAGAUCAAGGCGUUGACGGCUAAGGGUGUUCUCCCUUACGAGCACGACCUAGAGCAGGUCGCGAACGGCGUCACCGAGAUCCCAGGAGCACCAAAGCCUACUGGCGACGAGGACGUGGACGACAUUAUGGACCAAUUCCGACCGUUCCUGAUGGGACAGUGUGCUGCGCUGGUAAACGAAAACAUGAGCGCGAAGGCGGUUGUGGAUGAGUUCAUCACAGAUGCCACAGCUGCGCUGAGCCAAGGCCAAAAGAUGACUUCAAAGCUGUAAAUGGAAUUUUGCGAGGUUGCAUAAGAAGUGCAAUGUGUGUAUAAAUAUAAAGAGCCUUUUUAUUUCGUAGUAUAAAUACCAAUUGAUCUAGCUGUUCUAUACAUGAAA